GUUCAUUACAUACGUAUCUUUUUUUGUUUUGUUUUGUUUUUUUGUUUGUUUGUUUUUGAGACGGAGUCUUGCUCUGUCGCCCAGGCUGGAGUGCAGUGGCAUGAUCUUGGCUCACUGCAAGCUCCGCCUCCCGGGUUCACGCCAUUCUCCUGCCUCAGCCUCCUGAGUAGCUGGGACUACAGGCGCCCACCACCACACCCGGCUAUUUUUUUUGUAUUUUUAGUAGAGACAGAGUUUCACUGUGUUAGCCAGGAUGGUCUCGAUCUCCUGACCUUGUGAUCCACCAGCCUUGGCCUCCCAAAGUGCUGGGAUUACAGGCAUGAGCCACCGGGCUCGGCCUACAUAUCUUUUUUUAAGACUUAAUGUACUGUAUAGUUUUUGUAGCUAUUGUGAAUGGUCAGUUUUCGGUUGCUGAUUGCUAACACAUAGGAGUGGUAUUAAUUAUUCUGUAAUGACCUUGUAUAUGGCAAUGCUGUUGAACUCCUGUCAUUCCAACAGUGGAUUGAUAACUCUUGGAUUUUCUAUGUAGAUUAUUUUUAUCAUUCUGAAAGAAUGAUGAUUUUUGUCUUUUUUCUUUUGAUCUUUGUAGCUUAUAUUUCUUUUUUCUGUGACUUAUUGCAUUGGCUAGGAUGUUGAAUAGCAGCAGGGAGAGGGAACAUCCCUCUCUUGUCACUGAAUCUACUACAAGUUCUUCUAAUGUGUUCUCUUAGUGUUGUGAACACAAACUUGAAUGCAUGGAACCCCAGGGUCCCUGAGCCACACUCUGAUAACUAUUGCUAUGCCUCCCGGGGUCAAGUGAUCCUCCCACCUCAGCCUCCCAAGUAGCUGGGACUACAGGCAUGUGCCACCAAGCCCUGCUAAUUUUUUUUAUUUUUUGUAGAGACAGGGUCUCACUAUAUUGCCCAGGCUGAGCUGGAACUCCUGGGCUCUCGAUCUUCCCGCCUUGGCCUCCCAAAGUAUGGGGAUUACAGGCGUGAGCCAACCACACCUGGCCUUUUGCUAUUUUUUUUUUUAAAUCUAUUUAAAAUGGUUUGUUUUUUUUUUAUAACCUGGGAGCAUAGAUUCAAAUUGCCCUAAAUAUACACUCCUUCCUUUUGGUUCUUGAUAGCAUUUCCUUUUCUACUUUUCCAUCUAUUUUCUUUUUUUUGAGAUAGGCUCUGGCUCUGUCUCUGUCACCCCAGCUGGAGUGCAGUGGCAUGAUCUUGACUCACUGCAGCUUCUGCCUCCUGGGCUCAAGCGAUCCUCCCACCUCAGCCUCCCAAGUAGCUGGGAUUACAAGCACAUGCCACCAUGCCUGGCUAAUUUUUGUAUUUUUUGUAGAGAGGGGUUUUGCCAUGUUGCACAGGCUGGUCUUGAACUCCUGGGCUCAAGAGAUCCACCUGCCCUGGACUUCCAAAGUGCUGGGAUUACAGGCAUGAGCCACCGUGCACAGCCCCUUUUCCAUCUUUUUUCCUUCCCUUUUUUGGAUUUGCCAGGUGUUUGUGUACUUUAUUAGCAUUUUCAAAGAAUGACCAUGGAGAUUGUUGUCUGUUUCUUUAAAUUGUGUUUUAUUUUCUUUCAUAUUCUUUCCUUGAAUUCCUUCCUUCCUUCAUUCCUGAGUCUUGCACUGUCGCCAGGGCUGGAGUUCAAUGGCUCGAUCUCCGCUCACUGCUACCUCCGCCUCCCGGGUUCACGCAAUUCUCCUGCCUCAGCUUCCCGAGUAGCUGGGAUGACAGGCGCCCAGCUAAUUUUUUGUAUUUUUAGUAGACAUGGGGUUUCACUGUGUUGGUCAGCCUGGUCUCGAACUCCUGACCUCAUGAUCUGCCCGCCUCAGCCUCCCAAAGUGCUGGGAUUACAGGCGUGAGUCACCGUGCCCAGCCCUCCUUGAGUUACUUUCUUAUUCUGCAUCUGAUUUCUUUUGUUUUUUGUUUUUGAACAGAGUCUCACUGUGUCACCCAGACUGGAAUGUGCAGUGAUGUAAUCUCAACUCACUGCAACCUCCACCUCCCGAAUUCAAGUGAUGCUCCCGCUCCAGCCUCCCAAGUUACUGGGAUUACAGGUUCAUGCCACCAUGCCCGGCUAAGUUUUGUUUUUUUGUUUUUGAGUCGGAGUCUCACUCUGGCCAGGCUGGAGUGCAGUGGCGUGAUCUCGGCUCACUGCAAACUCUGCCUCCUGGUUUCCAGUGAUUCUCCUGCCUCAGCCUCCUGAGUAGCUGAGAUUACAGGUGCCUGCCACCACGCCCAGCUAAUUUUUGUAUUUUUAGUAGAGACAGGGUUUCACCAAGUUGGCCAGGAUGGUCUCGAUCUCUUGACCUCGUGAUCCACCUGCCUCAGCCUCCCAAAGUGCUGGGAUUACAGGCGUGAGCCACUGUGCCCAGCCCCAAGUUGUGUAUUUUUUAGUAGAGAUGGGAUUUCACCAUGUUGGCCAGGCUGGUCUCGAACUCCUGACCUCAAGUGAUCCACCCGCCUCGGCCUCCCAAAGUGCUGGGAUUAUAGGCAUGAGCCACUGCCUGCAUUUGAUUUAUUGCUGAAUACUUAGAUUAUUUAUUCCAGUCUUUCCUGUUAAAAUGAGUCUAUUAAGGAUGCACAAUUUUCUUUAGGUAGGCUUGGUUCUAUUUCCACUUUAGUUUCCAUUUCUAUAUUUUUCUGGAGAGAGGGUAACUUUUCAUAUAUUUCUAAUAUAACAACAAUAUCGACAGAAAUUGUUUUGCCAAAUGAUAUAUUCUUUUGGGAUUUGUUGAAACUUUCUCUGUUGCUUUUUUUUUUUUUGGUAAUGUUCAGUAUGUUGAAAAAAAUGUGUGUUCUCUGUUUUAAGCAUGAGAUUGUUUACUUGACUGACUUGUUUCUGAGGGAAGUAUGUUAAAAAUCUCGACUGGUCGCAGUGGCUCCCGCCUGUAAUCCCAGCACUUUGGGAGGCCGAGGCGGGCAGAUCACAAGGUCAGGAGAUCAAGACCAUCCUGGCUAGCAUGGUGAAACCCCGUCUCUACUGAAAAUACAAAAAAAAUUAAACGCACCUGUGGUCCCAGCUACUCGGGAGGCUGAGGCAGGAGAAUGGCGUGAACCCGGGAGGCGGAGCUUGCAGUGAGCCGAGAUGGCGCCACUGCUCUCCAGCCUGGGCAACAGAGCGAGACUCCGUUUUAAAAAAAAAGAAAUCUCAUUCCAGAGGAGGAUUUACCAGUUCCUCUUUGGUAGAUCCAUACCUGUUUGUAAUUAUUACAGCUUUUUGGUGGACUUUUGGUAAUAUGCAGUGUUUUAUUUUUAUUUUUUUUUGAGACGGAGUCUUGCUCUGUCACCCAGGCUGGAGUGCAGUGGCGCAAUCUCGGCUCACUGCAAGCUCCGCCUGCCGGGUUCACGCCAUUCUCCUGCCUCAGCCUCUCCGAGUAGCUGGGACUACAGGCGCCCGCCACCACGCCCGGCUAAUUUUUUUGUAUUUUUAGUAGAGACGGGGUUUCACCAUGGUCUCGAUCUCCUGACCUCGUGAUCCGCCCGCCUCGACCUCCCAAAGUGCUGGGGUUACAAGCGUGAGCCACCGCGCCCGACCUUUUAUUUUUAUUUUUAUUUUUUUUCGAGACAGAGUCUCACUCUGUUGCCCAGGCUGGAGUGCAGUGGCGUGAUCUUGGCUCACUGCAAGCUCCACCUCCUGGGUUCACACUAUUCUCCUGCCUCAGCCUCCCGAGUAGCUGGGACUACAGGCGCCCACCACCACGCCCGGCUAAUUUUUUUUGUAUUUUCGGUAGACACGGGGUUUCACCGUUAGCCAGGAUGGUCUUGAUCUCCUGACCUCGUGAUCUGCCCGCCUUGGCCACCCGAAGUGUUGGGAUUACAGGCGUGAGCCACCGCGCCCGGCCAGUAAUAUGCAGUGUUUUUUUUAUUCCUAUUAGUGAUUUUCGCUUUCUUUGCUUUGCUUUUCUUUUUUUUUUUUUUUUGGAGGUGAAGUCUUGCUCUUGUCCCCCAGGCUGGAGUGCAAUGGCAUGAUCUCAGCUCACUGCAACCUCCGCCUCCCAGGUUCAAGCGAUUCUCCUGCCUCAGCCUCCCAAGUAGCUGGGAUUACAGGCAUGAAUCACCAUGCCCAGCUAAUUUUUAUAUUUUAAUAGAGACGGGGUUUCACCAUGUUGGCCAGGCUGGUCUCGACCUCCUGACCUCAGGUGAUCCACCCGCCUCAGCCUCCCAAAGUGCUGGGAUUACAGGCGUGAACCACCGCACCUGGCCGGUUCUGUUCUCUCUUGACUGUGGUGCUGGUUCCAUGGGCUUGUGCAAUUCGUGAUGGUCCAUUGAACUGUGUACUCAGGACUUGUCAACUUUUAUAAUUAAAAUAUGCUUAAAUAAAAAGCUUUAAAGAUACAUAAAAGGUAUAUAAUUACCACAGCUUUAUUUUAACAAGUGUUUGAUCUAAUAUUUACUAGUACUUAGCCUUUCUGUGUUAUUUUAUUUUAGGCCAAAUAGUGGCAUCAUAUGUAUCUAACCCGAGAGUCUCAUGCUUCUGGUAGCACCUGAGUGACCAGCUCCUGCUCACUGCCCUCAGAAAGCCCAACCCUCAGGCAAUGGCGGCCUUGUUCCUGUCUGCCCCACCCCAGGCCGAGGUGACCUUCGAGGACGUGGCUGUGUUCCUUUCCCGGGAGGAAUGGGGCCGCCUGGGCCCUGCUCAGAGGGGCCUCUACAGGGACGUGAUGCUGGAGACCUACGGGAACCUAGUCUCACUGGGAGUAGGACCUGCAGGCCCCAAGCCUGGAGUGAUCUCGCAGUUGGAGCAAGGGGAUGAGCCCUGGGUCCUGGAUGUUCAGGGCACCUCUGGGAAAGAGCACCUGAGAGUCAACAGCCCAGCUCUUGGGACCAGAACUGAGUACAAGGAGUUGACUUCACAGGAGACAUUUGGUGAGGAAGAUCCCCAGGGAUCUGAGCCAGUAGAAGCCUGUGACCACAUCAGGAAGUCUGAGGGGAGCCUGGAAAAGCUAGUGGAGCAGAGAGGCCCCAGGGCAGUCACACUGACCAACGGGGAGAGCAGCAGGGAGUCUGGGGGAAGCCUCAGGUUGCUGUCAAGACCUGUUCCCGAUCAGAGACCUCACAAAUGUGAUAUAUGUGAGCAAAGUUUUGAACAGAGAUCAUAUCUCAACAACCAUAAGCGUGUACACAGGUCAAAAAAAACAAAUACAGUUUGUGACUCUGGGGAAAUCUUCAGUGCAAACUUAGUUGUUAAAGAAGAUGAGAAAAUUCCUACUGGGAAAAAAUUGCAUCAUUGCAGUUACUGUGGGAAAACAUUCAGGUACAGUGCCAACCUUGUCAAGCAUCAGCGGCUUCACACUGAAGAGAAGCCCUACAAAUGUGACGAGUGUGGGAAAGCCUUCAGCCAGAGCUGCGAGUUCAUCAAUCACCGAAGGAUGCACUCAGGAGAGAUUCCCUACCGGUGUGACGAGUGCGGGAAGACAUUCACGCGAAGGCCCAACCUCAUGAAGCACCAGAGGAUUCACACUGGGGAGAAACCCUACAAAUGUGGGGAGUGUGGGAAACACUUUAGCGCCUACUCUUCCCUGAUUUAUCACCAGAGAAUCCACACUGGAGAGAAACCCUAUAAAUGUAAUGACUGUGGGAAAGCCUUCAGUGAUGGCUCCAUCCUCAUCCGACAUCGUCGGACUCACACUGGAGAGAAGCCAUUUGAGUGCAAGGAAUGUGGCAAAGGCUUUACCCAAAGUUCUAACCUUAUCCAACAUCAGAGAAUUCACACUGGAGAGAAACCCUAUAAAUGUAAUGAAUGUGAGAAAGCUUUCAUUCAAAAAACCAAACUUGUAGAACAUCAGAGAAGCCACACUGGAGAGAAGCCCUAUGAAUGCAAUGACUGUGGCAAGGUUUUCAGCCAGAGCACACACCUCAUCCAACAUCAGAGAAUCCACACAGGAGAAAAGCCCUAUAAGUGCAGCGAGUGCGGGAAGGCCUUCCACAACAGUUCCAGACUCAUUCACCACCAGAGGUUGCACCACGGAGAGAAACCCUACAAAUGCAGUGAUUGCAAGAAAGCCUUCAGCCAGAGCACUUACUUGAUUCAGCACCGGAGGAUCCACACCGGGGAGAAGCCCUACAAGUGCAGUGAGUGUGGGAAGGCCUUCCGGCACAGUUCCAACAUGUGUCAGCAUCAGCGGAUUCACCUCCGGGAGGACUUUUCCGUGUAACAGUGGAGCAGUGUCUGAGGGCAGAGUCCAGCUGAGCACUUCCUGCAUGUGCCCCCGGCACCUGACUGCCCUUUAUUUAUUAUCCACACGAUGUUUUCACAGAGUGAAAGGACAUUUCUCAUUAAACAAACCUCUUUUCUUAAAUCAAAA